UUUUUGCGGAACUGUAAACACAACUCACUGCUUUACUCUCAAUUUCCAAAUGAUCAACACACUCCUAACAAAACUAUACACAUUUAUGGCUAUUAUUUACACUAUUUUGCCAACUGUCUGGCACACUGUCACAUGUGAAAACUGUUUUAGAUAAUUAGUUCACUUUGCAAUCAGCCUAAGCACUAUAAAUAAGCUACAGGUAAGCUGUCCGUGUGGAGUACAAUGGAGGGAGCAGGAAGAGUGAGAAGAGUGAGAAUUAGAGGAGGCCGAGGAAGAGGACGUGGAGGUGAAGAAGUAGGAGGAAGAGGACGACAAGGACAAGGAGGUGAAGUUAGAGGAAGAGGACAAGGAGGAGCAAGAGGAGGAUGAGGAGGAGGAAGAGGAAGGGUAAGAAGAGUAAGAAAUAGAAUUACUGAUGACAUCAGAGCUACAAUAGUGGACCAUGUAAUCAACCAUGGAAUGACCCUGAGGGAAGCUGGCCAACGGGUUCAGCCUAACUUGAGCCGCUACACUGUAGCAAGCAUCAUAAGGACAUUUCGAAAUGAGAAUUCGAAUUGCUAGACGACCAGAUGCUGGGGGCAGAGGAAGAAUGUUCACUGCAGAACAAGAAACCCAUAUAGUCAAUAUGGUGAUUGCAAAUAAUUCCAUAAGGCUACGCGAAAUACAGCAGCGCAUAAUUGAGGAUGACACCACCUUCCAAAACAUACACAAUGUGAGCAUUUCUGUAUUAGGUCGUGUACUUGCCCGCAACAGAAUCCGAAUGAAACAAAUCUACAGAGUACCUUUUGAAAGAAACAGUGAACGUGUAAAACAGCUGCGAUAUGACUAUGUGCAGAGAGUGAUGGAGCUAGAGGCAGAUGUCAUGGGUCAUGAGCAGGUUUUUGUGGAUGAGGCUGGUUUUAACCUCACUAAGACAAGGAGACGUGGCAGGAACAUUAUUGGACACCGUGCCAUAAUCAAUGUCCCAGGACAACGUGGUGGUAACAUAACUAUGUGUGCAGCUAUAAGUCAAAAUGGUGUUGUUCACCAUCAUGCAACCCUGGGCCCAUAUAACACUGCACACAUUAUUACAUUCCUGGACACCUUACAUGACAUGCUCACUAAUGUUCAGAGACCAGAGCAGACCAGAUACGUCAUCAUAUGGGACAAUGUUAGUUUCCAUAGGGCUGCUAUGGUCCGCAACUGGUUUACAGAUCACCCACUCUUCACUGUACUCAACCUCCCCCCAUACUCUCCAUUCUUGAAUCCAAUUGAAGAGUUCUUCUCUGCCUGGCGCUGGAAGGUCUAUGACCGUCAUCCCCAUCAACGCAUAGCCCUUUUACAGGCAAUGGAGGAGGCAUGUGGGGAUAUUGACCAGGCAUCAUGUCAGGCCUGGAUACGCCAUUCCAGAAGAUAUUUUACCCGGUGCCUUGGACUAGAGGACAUUGCAUGUGAUGUAGACGAAAUUUUGUGGCCGGACCCAGAGAGACGAUACGAUGUAGACUGAUUUCUUUUUUUUCCUCAGUGAAAUUACUAUUUGUUUUGACUUGGAAAAAAACACUUGUGUUUGUUUUGAUGUGUGUAAAUAAACACCAGUACUUGAAGUUUGGAUCCCUCUAUGUUUACAGAACUAUGACAAAAGUAUGACCUCAA